AUGAUUCUCAUCCGCGAUCUUUUCGAGAAGACGUGCCAAACAAUCGACAUCCAUAAUCCUGCAUCUUCUGACGAGACACUUGACAAUUGUACUUUGGAAGACUGGGUCAAGCAACAUGGAGCAGAACAGUCCGCGCUCGCAUCUGUCAAGGUCUGGACGAGAGCAAUGCUUGGCCUAGAACCAUCGGACAUGAGUGCGCUCUUCUUUCUCGACUACUGCAAGAGCGGAGGGGGAUUAAUCCAGAUGAGACCAGAGAAAGAGAACGGUGGUCAAUAUUUCAGACUUACACGAGGUGAGGGAAACUUUCCCGUUCAAAUCAAAGCUGGGACUUACCUGAAGACGACUAGGAACUCAAGCUAUUUCGCGUGGUCUCGCAGAUUCAUUGACAGAAGGGUCGGUUGUUCUCAACUCUCCACAGCCAAGGCCCAGCUCAGCAAGGCAGCCAAACUAGGCUAUCAGGUCAAAGUCAUACUUCUGUACGCUUCACUAUGGUGGAGAGCGCACGGACUAUGCGGCCUUCUACAAUCCUUUGAAAGCCCUGUCUGCAUCACUCGUGAUAGCAGCGUCGAAGAGCAAAAGCAGUAUUCCUUGACGUGCUUCAUUUCAGGCAAAUUGGGAAUCGCUUUCUCAACCGGCACCCAACAGGCACGAUUCGAUUCUGUUCUUGAACAGAUCAAACGUGGUUACGGGCCUUUUACUGGUGGAGUACCUGAACCCUUAGCCAUCACAGAGCACGAAUGGUCCAAGGACCAAUGGGCACAAGGCUGCCCUUGUCCCGCUUUGCCUCCAGGUGUAAUGACGGGGUUCGGUCAUGCCUUGAGAACAUCCCAUGGUAAAAUUCACUUUGUUGGGACAGAAACUUCGUUUGAAUGGAAGGGAUACAUGGAUGGUGCUGUUAGAUCGGGAGAGACAGGAGCCAAAGGAGGUCAUCCAGAUCAUGAGUAG